UCGAAAAAUAGGCAGCAGAAGAGGAUUGAAUAGGAUAUUGGCCUUUUCUACUUUACUGAGGAGUAAUUUUCUUUUGUGUUGACUAGAAACAUUGUCAAUGGUUCAUAACACCAGGGUUUAGUAUCUACGAUCAUGUCACUAUGCACGAGCGUGCUCUCUUCCUUGCGUAGGGCGCGUGGCGUUGCUGUGACUGGACGAAUAACAUUGCCAUCAUCCAGGCUCUCCCACAGUCUCUUACGCAACACACCCCUCUUGGCACAACGGGGACAGAAUCAUGCCUCGGCUUCGCGGCUAAGCUCGGUAUCGCUGCACACAAGCACUGUUCUGUUGGAGAAAGAAAGGGGCAGUGAGCGUAAAGAUGAUGAGCAAGGUAGUGAGGGGAGCAGUAACAGCCGGGACCAGCAUGGUAAUAACAAAAAUCAGCAGCAACCACCGGAGGGGCAGCAAGAUCCGGCGUUUAACAUGGUGAUUGAUGGCCUCCUUAUCUACCUGCUAUAUUCGCUUUGGAGUGACCUCGGGCAGGAGAUUUCCUUUCAGGACUUUUUCGACAAGUUCCUCAAGUCUGGGGAGGUUACCAGUCUUCGAGUGUCUGGCCAUUAUGCGUACAUCAACUUGCACGACGGGGCCCAGAUCGAUGGCAAGAGAGUUCCGCCCAACAAACAAUUUUACUUCAAAAUCCGUCCUGGUGAUUCGGCCGAAAAUAUGAUGGCGGCGGCUUUCCAGGCCGUGGGUGUUCAUCCAAUGGAAGUACCUAUUGUGCGAGAAGAGAGGCCCAAUAUCAUCCCCAUUCUCAUGGUGGCGCUGCUCCUCAUUCGAUUUGGCCGCCGACUGAUCACCGCCAACGUGCAAUCCCCACUAACUGCGUUUCGGAUGGGAGCUGCGAAGCCGCACAUUGUGAAAUCACCAGUUGGCGGAGUGAAGUUUUCUGAUGUUGCCGGCAUGCGGGAAGCAAAGGAAGAGAUCCGCGAGUUCGUCGAUUAUCUGAAAACACCGAAGCGCUUCCACGAACUGGGUGCUCGUAUUCCCAAGGGUGCUAUUUUGACUGGUCCACCUGGUACUGGCAAAACACUGCUUGCCAAGGCGGUGUCAUCGGAGGCCAAUGUGCCUUUCUUGGCAAUGGCCGGGUCGGACUUUGUAGAGAUGAUCGGAGGUGUGGGUGCAGCGCGUGUUCGUAGCCUGUUUGACCAGGCCAAGCGGUGUGCACCAUGCAUCAUCUUCAUCGAUGAGGUGGAUGCUGUGGGACGCAAGCGUGCUGAAGCGGGAGCGCAUAAUCCUGAAGCAGAACAAACUCUAAACCAGCUGCUCGUCGAAAUGGAUGGAAUGGAGAAACUAGAAGGUGUUGUAGUGAUGGCCUCGACGAAUCGUGUUGACAUUCUGGAUCAGGCUCUACUUCGGCCCGGCCGUUUUGAUCGCAAGAUUGAGAUUGCGCUCCCCACGCAGGCCGAGCGUGUGGAGAUUUUCGAGACGCACUUGAGGAAGCUGGAGCUGGAGAUGCCGGCGUACACAUAUGCUAAGCGGCUAGCAACGCUCACACCUGGACAGAGUGGAGCUGACAUUGCCAAUGUCUGCAACGAGGCUGCCCUGCACGCUGGCAGAGAGAACCAAAACAAGGUGACGGAAGCAAACUUUGAGUACGCCAUUGAGCGCAUCUUGGCAGGUAGUGAGAAGCGUACAAUCAGCGUAGCGCAUGAUGAGCGCCAGCGGUCGGCUAGCUACGAGGCCGGUCGUUGCCUCGUCGCCUGGAUGACUCAGUACAGCCCACCACCGCUGAAGACCUCCAUUCUGCCGCGUACCACGUCGGCACUCGGCUACACGCAGUUCGCGCCCGUCCCGGCCAUGCUUGUGACGCGGGAGAGCAUCAACGAUCAGCUGUGCUCGCUGGUCGGCGGUCGUGCUGCUGAGACUGUGUCCUACGGCAGCCUGUCCACGCUCAGCCAGAAGCACCUGAAGAAAGCUACCGAGCUGGCCGAGCGCACCGUGCAGGAGUUUGGCAUGGGCGAGAGCGUUGGCCAGCUCUCCUUUGAUAAGACCGAAGGCGGCUCUAAACGAUUCUACAGCAACCAUUUGCGACAGAAACUGGACCAGGAAGUUGCUCAGAUGGUGCAGCAGGCUAAUAUGCGAGCCGUCAAGUUGCUGGAGGAGAACAAGGAGCUUCUCGACAAGCUGACUGCUGCACUGCGCGAGAAAGAGGUUCUCAAUCACAAGGACUUGGUGAAGAUACUUGGUGAUCCACCGCAUAGCAAAGACUCUUUCCUGGAGCUAUGAGGCUGUCCUGGCUGGCCAGUAUUCCGCCCUCAAACACUGUACCAUAUGCUUAAACGGUUUAUUCUCUUUUCUGUACAUACGCUCAUGUGCUUGUGGAUAUAGGCCCUGUGGAGAUAUUUAUCCCUUAGUUGAUUUCUUGUACAAAGUUGUCCUCGGCUGGCUGUCAUCUGUGUUUUAUUCUAUUUCUGGUUCUAUAUGCAUGCCCUGUAGUUUACCGCCCACCUUCCAAUGAGCCUAGCGACUAUAUUGCACCCACUCCCCAAGGUAUCGUGGACACACACACACACACACACACACACACACACACACACGUAUACACACGCCUCUCUUUCUUUUAGUGCAUCAGCAGUUUUCUGUAAGCUGUGGAAAGUUUCUUUUUAUUCGCUGGUCGAUUUUUCCCAGCGUGUAUUCUUUUAUCAAAUGAUGAUGUCCUUGCAGGUCUUCUUGAGAUUUCUCAACACGACAAGUAACUACAUGUAGUUGACAACUGAGUGAAGCUCUUCUUCAAGCUUUUUCUGUAGUA